GUCACGUGCCCUCCCUACGCUGAUAAGCAGCCAUGUUCGUCCACCCCAUUCUUUCAUUCGUUUGGAGCACAAAGUAAGCUUUUAAGUUUACAAUGGCAACCGCCACUUCCACCCCGGCCGGCCAGAGAAUAAUCACCCGGUCGAGCGGCGGGGGAACCCCUCUGAGCCCCACGAGGAUCACCAGACUGCAGGAAAAAGAGGAGCUCAGCCACCUUAACGACCGCCUGGCCGUUUACAUCGACAAAGUCCGGAGUCUAGAAUCCGAGAACAGCGUGCUCCACCUGCAGAUUUCCGAGAAGGAAGAGGUGAGGAGCCGGGAGCUGACCGGCCUCAGGUCUCUGUAUGAGACGGAGCUUGCGGACACGCGGCGCUCUCUGGACGACACCGCCAAAGAGCGGGCCAGGCUGCAGAUCGAGCUGGGAAAGCUCCGAACCGAGCAUGAACAACUCCAGCAGAACUACGCAAAAAAGGACUCUGACCUGUCCGGCUGCCAGGGUCGGCUGAAGGAAUUGGAGGCGUCUUUGAACACUAAGGAUGCUAAUCUGGCCACAGCCUACUCUGAGAAGAAAGCCCUGGAGGCCAUGCUAGCAGAAUUGCAAUCCCAGAUCCAGGAGCUGGAGGCAGGACUGGUCUCUGCUAAGAAGCAGCUGGGAGAUGAGACUCUCUUGAGAGUGGAUGUGGAGAACCGCUGCCAGAGCCUGGUGGAGGAGCUUGACUUCCGCAAAAACAUGUUUGAAGAGGAAAUUAAGGACACCCGCCACAGGCAUGAGACUCGUAUGGUGGAAGUGGACUCCGGUCGCCAGAUGGAGUACGAGUUCAAGCUGGCCCAGGCCCUGACCGACAUGAGACAGCAACAUGACGAACAAGUCAAAAUCUACAAGGAAGAGAUGGAGCAGACCUACCUCGCAAAGGUGGAGAACAUUCGUCUGUCUUCAGAGAUGAACAGCAGUUCAGCAAGCAUGGCACGGGAAGAGCUCAGGGAGUCUGCUAUGAGAGUCGAGAGUCUGGCAGCUCAGCUGGCCAAUAUGCAGAAGGAGACUCGAGGCUGGCAGGAUCGCAUCAGUGAAUUGGAGGCUGCUCUGGCUCAAGAGAAGGAUCUGAGUCGUAGGAUGCUAGCUGAAAAAGAGCGUGAGCUCGCGGAGAUCCGGGCCAAGAUGCAGCAGCAGCUGGACGAGUAUGAACAGCUGCUGGAUGUCAAACUGGCCUUAGACAUGGAAAUCAAUGCCUAUAGGAAGCUCCUGGAGGGCGAGGAGGAGAGAUUAAAGCUGUCUCCCAGCCCGUCGUCUCGUGUGACCGUGUCUCGAGCCUCGUCCAGCCGCAGCGUCCGCACUACACGUGGGAAGAGAAAGCGCGUGGACGUGGAGGAGUCCGAGGCCAGCAGCAGUGUCAGCAUUGCUCACUCAGCCUCUGCCACUGGGAACGUUUGCAUCGAUGAGCUCGAUGUGGACGGCAAGUUCAUCCGGCUGCACAACAACUCCGAUCAGGACCAGGCAAUGGUCGGUUUUGAGCUGAAAAGAAUUAUUGGCGAAACUUCUGCUACCUACAAGUUCACUCCAAAGUAUGUCUUAAAGGCUGGACAGAAAGUUGCAAUCUGGGCAUCUAACGCCGGUGUGAGCUCCAACCCACCCACUGAUCUCAUUUGGAAGAGCCAGAGCUCCUGGGGCACUGGUGAGGACAUCAAGGUGGUCCUGACCAACCCAGAGGGAGAAGAGGUCGCUGUAAGGUGUACAGUGUUCAAAGCCACAGUAGUGGAGGAAGAUGAUGGAGUGGAGGAAAUUGAAGAAGAACUCUUCCUUCAGCAGGGAGAACUGCCAAGAGAGGGCGCCAAGAGAGGCUGCUCGAUCAUGUGAGGGCAGUUACACUACACACCACUGAUCUCUUCCACUACAGCCAGGUUCAGCUGCCAACUCUACAACAACCUCAGAACUAUUUUUGUAUCUUUUUUUUUUGUUUGUUUUUUUAAAGAUAGGUAAAUUGCUUGUAAACCUUUUUUGGUACAUUUUUAAUUUUUUAUUCUUCAUGUGAAUUAAUUAAAAAUGCCUCAUUUUUUUUUUUCUAUGAACCAAAAUUGAGCAAUCAGUGGAGGACUGUAGAGAGACCGGAAGCUCAGUGACGAGUAGGCAGCUUUUGCGCUAUCAGUCCUCCAGGUGCUGUGAUUUUUACCUUAUUUGUGUAUCUUUUUUUUAAAUUUUAUUUUAUUUUUUAAACAUAACAUUUUAAGGGUCUCUUUAUAGAAAAGUUAUAAUUUUAUACUAGUUUUGUAGUUUUUAGCCAGACAUGUUGUGUAUUAUGGAAUGUAGAUUAAAUUCACAUAUUGAAGGUAUAAAACAAAUCAGACUGCUGUUUCAAAUACAAUUUUGAAGAAAGGGCUUUUGAAUAUUCUCAUGUUUACUCAAUGACUGAUUGAACUGCAAAGUACCACAAGGUGGCAGUGUAAACACUUUCAUUGGAUUCUUUUGAUUCUUGGUUGAUCAACAUAUUCUGUGCUUGUUUUUGUUUUCUCGUACAUCCCAGCAUGCUCACUUAAACGGGGGGGGGGGGACUUCCUGUCCAAUUAUGUUUAAUUGACCAGUCUAUGAGAAGUGGGGGUUAGCAUAAUUUUCUUGAUCUGUACUUUGCCAGCAGUUUGAAAAAAUUGGCUAUACAAUAUCUCAUUAUGAAGAGACACGAAAGCAGUGGGAUGAAAUUGUCAUUUAUAUCUAAUUACCUCUUCAGAAUUAGCCUUGGUGGAUUGCUUGUCAUUUUGUCCAUUUGUCCUUAUCUAACAAUAGUCUUAUACCUAUGUUUUGAUUUUGAUCCUAACCUUGAAUAAAAUUGUGGGUUCUUUUGUCACUUGCAUGCUUUUGCUCUUACCUUUUACAGUUUGUAAGACAAAAUAAAAAUUGUUGUAUUUUCUA